GAUAUCAUCAAGCUGCAGAAGGAGCAGCGAAAAAAUGUUCUAAAGAAACCUCUUGCACCAACAAGACGCGAUAGACUUCGAACUCGUGUUCUGGCUGCUCGACCUCGCUUACAGCGAAGGCUCAGACUUCAAAAUACAACGGGCUCCCCAGGACGCAGGCAAACUCGAACUUUGCGUGGCCGACAACCUCGUCCCAACACAUCUGCUACUACAGUAUCCUCCUCCGCCGCUCUUGCUGUGCUAAAGCGUGCACGUCGCACCGCUGUGGAAGCUGCCAAAGCGGCGGCCCAAGCAGCUGCGUUAAUCAAUCAAUCUCAGUCUCGGCGACGUGAUGUUUUUGAUGCCAACCGAAAUCUGCCAUCGAGAACAUCUGCUAAAGCCAAUUCGAAGGAGACAGAGGCGAUUGCCAAACGCAGAGGUGUUGGUCAAUACCCCGAACAAACCAACAGAGGCUACUACGUCAAUCGUGCACAAAACAGGAACAUUGCUGCUGACCAGGCCCGUGAACGUGAGUAUCUCGCCCAAGCUCGCGCGCUAAUUCGUGCCCAAAGUGAGCAGACACAACAGUUCUAUGGUGCAGCCCAAAACAACAACUUUGGACAGCACAUCGGCCCCGCACGUGGUCGACGCGGUCGUCGUGGAUAUCAGUCUCGCUACUGA